UCUGAAGAGCCGCACCUCAGAAACGCCAUCGCCGUCGGAAGGGCCAUAUCUGCCCGCCCUUGCCCUCCAUCACCACCGCCUCCCACGUUCUCCGCAUUCUAGGUACGAAUCCCCUCUCCCCUCUCUUCCUUCCUCCAUCGCUUUCCAUAUCUGUCGCUCCCUCCUCUUUUCCCUCCCUGCCACGCCCGUUUGAUUUCUAGGGCUUGACGCUGUUUCUGCACAUUCCUCCGCCUCCGGGACUGAAUCUUGCACCACUGCUCGCAUCAAGAUUUCGUCUUUCGUUUUCUGGCGCCUGGAAAGAUUCACCGUCACUCUUCUUAUGAUUAAACGUUGUCUGUUGGAGACGUUUUCCGAUUGAUUGCCGCGAGAUCUUAUGUUUGUGAUUCUUUUGAGGUCAUACUUGUUUAGGUUCAAGAACUUGUUGAUGCUCUUUCCUUUAUCCACUAAUUUAGGCGCACCUUUUGCUUUUCUUUCUGGUGUUAUUUGAUUCACAUGACCGCAAUUUUUUUUGCUUUCAAUACGUUACCGGUGAACCUUCUUCCUAGCCUUGCCAUUUUUCGUAUAUGGCUCUUGCAGCUUUGCCCCUGCUUUUCAUAAAUAUCACCAGUCCUUGCUCUGGGUUGGUGUCUUUUUUUGUUUCUUUUCUUCUUUAUUGGGAAAGUUUGAACUGACAAUCGAGUUGUAACCAUUAAUGUGGUUUUUGAGCAUUUCUUAAUUCUUCUUCUGCUUGAAGCAAUCUUUGUAGUGUAUUGUUAUCUGAAUUGUUGAUUGUCAUGUUACCGAACCUUUAUGAGUUUUAUGGAAUCACGAAAUGUUUCCUUGUAGCAGGAUUUAGAAUAUUGAUAUUCCAUGUUGACUUUGUGUUACCUCUGCCAAGAUAUCUAUCGACCACCUGGUUGACCAACGGACUUAUGGUCUCGAUUUUGUCUUAGAUUACAGAAAGAAACUGUAUGGUUUAUGCUUGUGACAGUCAUGAUUCUAUAUGACCAAGUGGGCAAGGCUUAUUUUGUAAGAAAUGGCAAGAAGAAUCAAAAGCUAUCACAGAAAUUCAUCUCGGAAGUUUCGGUCCACUCCAUAUCCGGUGCCUUCAUAUCAACGACCUAUUUCAGCAGAAAGGUCUUCAAAGAAGACAUCUUUUACCUUGGAGAGGAAGGAUUGGAAGGGUGCUACUUGCCCUGUGUGCAUGGAAUUUCCACACAAUGCUGUACUCCUCCUUUGUUCAUCUCAUGACAAGGGCUGUCGCCCCUACAUGUGUGCAACCAGCUGCCGUUUUUCUAACUGUCUUGAACAAUUCAAGAAGGCAUAUGCUAAAACAACUUCAUUGGUGGAAAGUCGGAUCCAUGAUUUGCCUGCAUGGAAGAAAUGUGAGGUGGUGGAGCUAGCAUGCCCUCUAUGCCGAGGGCAGGUGAAAGGAUGGACUGUGGUGGAACCAGCACGUAAAUAUCUCAACAAAAAGAGGCGAAGCUGCAUGCAGGAUGACUGCUCAUUCAUCGGUAGCUACAAAGAGCUUCGUAAGCACAUGAGGUCUGAGCACCCUUGUGCGAAGCCCCAUGUAGUGGAUCCUGUUCUGGAACAGAAAUGGAGAAAUCUCGAGUACCAGAGUGAGCGGGCGGAUGUGAUCAGCACAAUAAGAUCUUCAAUGCCUAGGGCAGUUAUAUUGGGAGAUUAUGUGAUAGACAUGGACGACAGUGACUCUGAUACCGACUUUGAUGACGACAGUGACUCUGGUACCGAUUUCGAUGACUACAAUGAUGAUUUUUUCGAUAACGCAAAUGGUAUCUUUGGACGGAGGAAUGGUCGGAGUAUCUUUACCGCACUCAUGAGGGAGGCUGCCCGUAAUAGGAGGUUUAGAAGAAGCCGUGUAGGUAAUGCUAGAGAAGGGAGCAAUGGUCAUCUUCCAACCAUCGUUGAUCGUGCUUCGCGUGAUGCAGCAUUUAGUUAUCGCUUGGAGGAACAUGAUGAUGACGGGAGUGCUGUAGGCAUAACCCGUUCUGAAAGACAGCAUAGGAGGAGCCUGGGAAGAUCAUCGGUACAUGGUACAAGAUUGUUGUGAUGGUGUGGUGUAUGUUCAAAUUCAAAUUAUUUCUUUCUUUUUGUUCUUUCUUUUGUCUUCAUAAAUAUGUACUGAUAUAGCAAACAUUAAAGCUUGUUCCUCCUGCAAGUCCCCUUAUAUUUCAUCAACAUCAAAAUUUAAUCUGGAGAUCAAAACUUUGAAUUUGCGAUGA